GAGCUGCUUCCUAAUGGGCAAACCAGCUGGCUUCCCAGGGAAAAUAGCUGGCUGAGUCCCAGCCUCCAGAGGACAGAGGCACAGCCUCCACUCCAGAGACAGGGACCCUGUUGUGAGGGUCCCUAAACGAUGAGGGGAGACAGCGUGCAGGGGCAGGAGAUUGGGGGGGCAGAGAGAUUUCUGGAACAGGUGCCCAGAUGUUCCAGGCCCUGGUGGUGGAAUGAAUCUGGCUGAGAUUUCAGGGUGUUGGUAUCCCUUUAGGCAGGGGAGGAGAUGCGAGUUAGUGGGCUCUGCCUCCACCCUGCCUUGGGUCCUCCCAGGGCAGAACAGAACAAUUCUAGCUGCCGUCCUUUGAUCCCAGAACUCACUCAGAACUGGCUGGGACACAUGGACUGGAACUUCUGGGGAGGAGAGAGAACCUAACACUGACACUGGGGCAGAUCCUGGGGCCCCUUGCCUGAGAGGAAAUUGGAGGACAUCCAGCAGAUCAGAAAGGCCCUGGGGAGGGAAGAAGAGGAUAACAGAGGAGGGAGGAAGAGACAACUGCCUGGGAUUCAGUCAAGUGAAAUCAGCUCAUGUGGCCCCUGCCUAUCUGAUCGAGAUUUAGUAGGCAAUUGACAAAAGGCCUUGGAAGCAGGAGCAGUGGAACAAGUGACUGGACCUGACACCCCCUCCCCCAAGCCUCAGACCUGAAUCUGGAUGCAGGAUUCCUUGAAACAGAAAAAAGAAGACAAGGAGAAUGCUUUCUGGAAGGUGGAACUGCUCAGAAGUCAGGCCUCCUAGGGAAAGGCUCCUCACCCGUGGUGGAAGUUUUCACAUCCUGGCUCCCUCCUAAGAUAAGAAAAUUGAGGCUAAUAGAAGGGGAACUCGACUGUCAUAGUGCAAAGAGACCUGGUCUUGAGCAUUAAAAAUCUCAAAUUCAAAUUCUAGCUCUUCAACCUGAUGACACCUUGGUUUGAAGUGGUGGGACAUCAAGGUCUAUAUGUCCUCGCCCUCGGUGGAACUGCUGACCUGUGUCUCAGAAGAGCCACCGUGAGAAAGAGGACAGUUAGCCCGCUGGACAUCUCCCUCCCAUUUCAACGCUACCGACUGAUGGAGAAAGACUGAAAGAAUAAAAAAGGUGUGCCACAGACCAUAAUGUAGACAACACGACAGAGAUACUUCAGGAGUGGCUGGCUGCUAUGGGCAAGGAGUAUGCUGAGGUGGUAUGGCGCCCCGAAGGAGAACCAAGGUUGUACCCAGAUGAAGAGAGUCCCAAACAGUGGACCAAGGAACGUCACCAGUUCCUCAUGGAGCUAAAACAAGAAGCCCUAGACUUUGCCCGGGCUUGGGGGGCUGACUACAUCCUGUUUGCAGACACAGACAACAUCCUAACCAACAACCAAACCUUGAAGUUCCUGAUUGGAGAGGGUCUGCCAGUGGUGGCCCCUAUGCUGGACUCCCAGACUUACUACUCCAACUUCUGGUGUGGAAUCACCCCACAGGGCUAUUACCGGCGUACAUCAGAUUACUUCCCUACCAAGAAUCGGCAGCGUCAGGGCUGUUUCCGAGUGCCCAUGGUACACUCCACCUUUCUGCUGGCCCUUCAGGGCGAGGGUGUUGACCAACUGGCCUUCUAUCCCCCACAUCCCAACUAUACAUGGCCCUUUGAUGACAUUAUUGUCUUUGCCUACUCUUGCCAGGCUGCAGGUGUUUCGGUCCACAUUUGCAAUCAGCAUCGUUUUGGGUACAUGAAUGUUCCAGUCAAAUCAUAUCAGGGGCUGGAAGAUGAGAAGAUCAAUUUUAUCCAUCUGAUUUUGGAGGCUCUGGUGGAUGGCCCUCCUAUGCAGCCUUCAGCCCAUGUGUUCCUGCCCCCGAAAAGGCCCAACAAAAUGGGCUUUGAUGAGGUUUUUGUCAUCAGUCUAGCCCGUCGGCCUGAACGCCGACAACGAAUGCUGAGCUCCCUGUGGGAGAUGGAGGUUGCUGGACGAGUACUGGAAGCUGUGGAUGGCGGGGCACUCAACAGCAGCACCAUCAAAAGCCUGGGUGUGGACCUUCUCCCUGGCUACUAUGACCCCUACUCGGGCCGCACGCUGACCAAGGGAGAGGUGGGCUGCUUCCUCAGCCACUACUCCAUCUGGGAGGAGAUGGUCACUCGGGGCCUGGAAAGGGUCGUGGUGUUUGAGGAUGAUGUGCGCUUCGAAGCCGGCUUCAGGAAGCGCCUGGAGCGGCUGAUGGAGGAGGUGGCCCAGGAGCAGCUGCCGUGGGACCUGAUUUACCUAGGGCGCAAGCAAGUUACCUGGGACGAGGAGCCAGCCGUGGAAGGGGUGCGCCACCUCGUGGUGGCCAACUACUCCUACUGGACUCUGGCCUACGCUCUGUCUCUGAGUGGGGCUGGGAAACUGCUGGCCGCUCAACCGCUGGGCAAGAUGCUUCCUGUGGAUGAGUUCCUGCCCAUCAUGUAUGACCAGCAUCCAAAUGAAGACUACAAGGGGCACUUCUCUCCCCGAGACCUGAGAGCCUUUGCUGUGAGGCCCCUGCUUGCCUUUCCCACCCACUACGCAGGGGAUGCUCAGUGGCUGAGCGACACAGAGACGUCCACCAUCUGGGAUGAUGACACUCAGGCCACUGGUUGGAGUGGCUCUCGAAAGACCCUUAGGGACCCGCGGCUGGACAGGGUGGGCAGCAGUGGACACAGUUUCCAUUCCACUUCUCACGAUGAGCUCUAGCUGAGGGCUCUCAGGGCUGACUACGGAUCAAUGAGUGAGCCUCCACAAGCAGAGGAAAUACUAAGGUCUCCAGCCAGGAACCAGGAGUAGCUGGAAGAAAUCAUGGCUUUCCUAGGUCCAGGGGAGAGAGAUCGCUGCUGUUCAUUUCGGUGUUUCCUUUCCUAUGUCAAAACCAGGGCCAUUACCACUGUGAUUCCCCACACCUCUUUCCCAGAACUACAGCAAACCACUCCCCUUCUCCACCACGGUGCUAGGGCCAGGGAACUGCUAUCCAGCUGCCUGCUCUUUUUGACAGAAGGUAGAUGGAAACUGAGGCCCAGAGAAUCUCUCUUAAGGUCACACCCAUACACCCACCCCCCUUUAGCCUCAAUGCUCAAGGAUCUUCCCCAUUGAGGGUAAGGAAAAAAACCCCUGGGGUUCUUGGCUGGCUCCCUAGAACUUAGAGCUGUCCCCUUUUCCUCUCUCACCCCACGCCAUCCCCUAUCCCUCUUCCUCAGAAGGGAGAGCUGAGGAAAGGCAGGGGAUUUGGAAAUCUCCCAGGCUGAGGAAACUACAGAAGAAACAAGGACAAGGAAGCUGAGGCUGGCCACUGGGCUCCCCACUACCACUAGGCAGCAAGAUAGAACCCUCAUGAAUGGAUGACAUAACCCCCAUCAGUGGUAGCAAGGCUGAAUGACCCUAUUUCAGGUAUUUGAUUUUACCAGCAGCCUGGGAAACCCUCUCCACCCCCUUUCUUUAGCUCCUUCGGCAGGCCAUUGCUGACAGAGGAUGAGUUGGGUACCUAAAAGGGCCCAAUCCCAGGAAAGACAGAAGGAUACAGCCCAGACCUGGUGCCUUGCAAUAAAUAAAUGUUUGGUUUGCACUUUA